AGGGGCGGACCGGAGGCUCCCGUGGGGCGGGGCCGAGGCUUUUGCGUCGACACCGCCUUCCUGCCCCGCCCCUGGUCGUUCGGCCCGCCCCUCCUUCCUGGAGCCUCCGCUGAAGCAGAGCCGGCGCGGCGGCCGGGAGGGGGGCGGCUAGUGGCCGGAGCGACACGCGCCCGCCGCGACCCUAUGCAGUGACUCGUGCGGCGCAGGCGCCUCCUGCCCCGCCGGCGGGGCCCGGGAUUCCCGCGGCGGGAUGUUCUCCCGAAGGAGCCACGGGGAUGUGAAGAAGUCCACGCAGAAGGUGCUGGACCCCAAGAAGGACGUGCUGACCCGCCUGAAGCACCUGCGGGCGCUGCUGGAUAAUGUGGAUGCAAGCGAUCUUAAGCAGUUUUUUGAGACCAACUAUUCUCAGAUAUAUUUCAUCUUCUAUGAAAAUUUUAUAACACUGGAAAAUAGUUUGAAGUUAAAAGGGAAUAAUAAGUCACAAAGAGAGGAGCUGGACUCCAUCCUCUUUCUUUUUGAAAAAAUACUGCAGUUUCUACCUGAACGAAUUUUCUUUCGAUGGCAUUACCAGAGUAUAGGCUCAACUUUAAAGAAGCUUCUACACACUGGAAAUUCUAUUAAGAUAAGAUGUGAAGGAAUCAGACUGUUUCUUUUGUGGCUUCAAGCACUUCAGACAAACUGUGCGGAAGAGCAGGUGCUGAUUUUUGCUUGCCUGGUGCCUGGUUUCCCAGCGGUCCUGUCAUCCAGGGGGCCCUGUACACUGGAGACACUCAUCAACCCUAGCCCUAGUGUAGUUGAUGCAAAAAUAUACCCAGAAGAAAUCACCCCACUUCUGCCAGCCGUAUCAGGGGAGAAGAUCGCUGAGGACCAAACAUGCUUUUUUCUUCAAAUACUGUUGAAAUAUAUGGUUAUUCAGGCUGCAAGCUUGGAGUGGAAGAAUAAGGAGAAUCAAGAUACUGGUUUUAAAUUUCUUUUUACAUUGUUUCGAAAGUAUUAUCUUCCUCAUUUGUUUCCAUCAUUUACUAAGUUAACCAACAUCUACAAACCUGUACUUGAAAUUCCUCAUUUGAGACCAAAGCCUGUAUAUGUUACUGUAACUCGAGAUAAUGAAACAAUUUACAGUACAAAAAUUCCAUACAUGGCAGCUCGUGUUGUUUUCAUUAAAUGGAUUGUAACUUUCUUUUUGGAAAAAAAAUAUCUAACUGCAACACAAAACACUAAAAAUGGAGUUGAUGUAUUGCCUAAAAUCAUCCAGACUGUUGGUGGUGGUGCAGCACAAGAAAAGGUGCCAGAGCUGGAUGGUGCUGGGUCCACAGAGCAGGACAAAAGCCAUUCUAACAGUAGCACCUUGUCUGACCGAAGACUCAGCAACUCCAGUCUUUGUAGCAUUGAAGAAGAGCAUCGAACGGUGUAUGAAAUGGUGCAGCGGAUCCUCCUGUCCACACGGGGUUAUGUGAAUUUUGUGAAUGAAGUAUUUCGACAGGCAUUUUUGUUGCCUUCCUGUGAGAUAUCUGUAACAAGAAAAGUAGUUCAAGUAUACAGGAAGUGGAUCCUCCAGAACCAACCUGUGUUCAUGGAGGAGCCAGAUAAAAAGGAUGUUGCCCAGGAAGAUGCUGACAAAUUAGGACUUUCAGAGACUGACUCCAAGGAGGCCUCGUCUGAAAGUUCUGGUCAUAAACGGUCAUCCAGCUGGGGGCGCACGUAUUCCUUCACAAGUGCCAUGAGCAGAGGGUGUGUGACAGAGGAGGACAACACAAAUGUGAAAGCCGGGGCCCAAGCUAUGCUGCAGGUCUUCCUUACAAAUGCUGCGAAUGUCUUUUUGCUGGAACCGUGUGCUGAAGUUCCCAUGCUCCUGAGAGAACAGGUAGAUGCCUGUAAAGCUGUUCUGAUUAUUUUUCGGCGCAUGAUAAUGGAACUUACAAUGAAUCAAAAGACAUGGGAGCAGAUGUUGCAAAUCCUUCUCAGGAUAACAGAAGCUGUCAUGCAGAAGCCAAAGGAUAAGCAUGUAAAGGACUUGUUUGCCCAGAGCUUGGCAGGGUUGCUCUUCAGGACACUUAUCGUGGCUUGGAUCCGAGCAAACCUCUGUGUGUACAUUUCUCGGGAGCUUUGGGAUGACUUUCUAGGUGUGCUGUCAUCCCUCACAGAGUGGGAGGAACUCAUUACUGAGUGGUCCAACAUCAUGGACUCCUUGACAGCUGUGCUCGCAAGAACUGUGUAUGGAGUUGAGAUGACAAACCUACCUCUAGAUAAAUUAAGUGAGCAAAAGGAGAAGAAGCAACGUGGCAAAGGUUGUAUUCCAGAUUCCCAAAAAGGGACCGCUGUGGGUAGAUCCUUUUCUCUCAGCUGGCGUAGCCAUCCAGAUGUGACUGAGCCAAUGAGAUUCCGAAGUGCUACCACAUCUGGAGCACCAGGAGUUGAGAAGGCAAGAAAUAUUGUUCGCCAAAAAGCAACUGCUAAGCGAAGCCAGUCUAUCAGCAACUGUGUCCACCUCUCUGAGGCUUUGCCUGCCACUAAAAGCGUCCCGCUCCUCCUCCAUACCGUGAGCGCUCUCUUCCCUGGUCUCUCUUACUCUUCUUGCUCUCACAGGCUGUCAGAAGUGGAGGAAUUCCAACAGGCAGAGAGUACACCUGCAGCUGACACUGAUUAUCUUGUGGUGGGACAGCAGCAGGUCCCCCGGAGCUGCAGCACCUCUGACAUCACUGAACCUUUGUGCUCAGAUUCUUCUCAAGGUCAAAAUUCACCAAAUUUGAGCUCUUCAGAUUCCAAGUCUGUUCAAGAGAGUAAAGGACAUGUGAAGCGGGAACAUGAAGGAAUAACAAUCUUGGUUCGAAGGAGCAGCAGUCCUGCUGAGCUGGAUCUAAAGGAUGAUUUACAGCAGACACAAGGAAGAUGCAGGGAGAGACAGAAGAGUGACAGCACUGGUAGUGACACGGCUGUGGGCUCCAGCAAUGAGACAGAGCUACCCAUGAGCCCGUGGCAGACCUGUGAGGAGGACCCAGAACUCAGCACUCCCACAGACGCUGUGCCUGACUCUGAUGCCCGCCAUUGGUUACAGCUGAGUCCUACUGAUGCUUCAAACUUAACAGACAGCAGAGAGUGCCUUGCAGACGAUUGUAGUAUAAUUGCUGGAGGGAACCUCACUGGUUGGCACCCAGACUCCGCCGCUGUGUUAUGGCGAAGAGUCUUGGGAAUCCUUGGGGAUGUGAAUAAUAUCCAGUCACCGAAGAUCCAUGCCAGAGUUUUUGGCUAUCUCUAUGAACUGUGGUACAAACUGGCCAAGAUACGAGAUAAUCUAGCAAUAAGCCUGGAUAACCAGUCGUCUCCAUCUCCUCCGCUCUUGAUCCCACCACUCAGAAUGUUUGCAUCAUGGCUAUUCAAGGCUACGACUCUGCCAAAUGAAUAUAAGGAAGGCAAACUGCAAGCCUACAAACUGAUCUGCGCCAUGAUGACCAGACGCCAGGAUGUUCUGCCAAACUCAGAUUUCCUGGUGCAUUUCUACCUUGUGAUGCACCUGGGAUUAACCAGCGAGGACCAGGAUGUCUUAAACACUAUUAUAAGAAACUGUUCACCCCGCUUUUUCUCCCUGGGUUUGCCUGGUUUCUCAAUGCUGGUGGGAGAUUUUAUCACUGCUGCUGCCAGGGUCCUCAGUACAGACAUGUUGGCGGUGCCCCGUUCAGAAGCUCUCACACUCCUUGGUUCCCUCGUCUGCUUCCCAAAUACCUACCGGGAGAUCCCUCUGCUGCAGUCCGUGCCAGAAGUGAGUGAGGUCAUCCCAGGAACUGAAGAUGUCAAGCAUUACCUCAUAAAUAUUUUACUGAAGAAUGCUACCGAGGAACCAAAUGAAUGUGCAAGAUGCAUCGCCAUUUGCUCCCUCGGGGUCUGGAUCUGUGAAGAGCUUACACAGUGUGCCAGCCAUCCUCAGGUGAAGGAUGCCAUCAAUGUGAUAGGUGUGACGUUGAAGUUUCCUAACAAGACCGUGGCUCAGGUAGCCUGUGAUGUUCUUCAGCUGCUGGUUUCCUACUGGGAAAAGCUUCAGAUGUAUGAAACUGCUCUACCGCGAAAAAUGGCCGAAAUACUCGUGGCCACAAUUGCAUUUCUUUUACCAAGUGCAGAGUACUCCUCAGUGGAAACAGAUAAAAAGUUUAUUGUGUCCUUGCUCCUCUGCCUCUUGGACUGGUGCAUGGCUCUGCCUCUGAAUGCCCUUCUCCACCCGGUGUCCACGGUGGUCCUGGAGGAGCUGCACCCACCCCGGGCUCCCUUGCUGGAUUAUAUCUACAGGGUUCUGCACUGCUGUGUCUGUGGCUCAAGUACAUACACACAGCAAAGUCACUACACCCUGACCUUGGCUGACUUGUCAUCCACCGAUUAUGACCCCUUCCUACCUCUGGCAAAUGUGAGGAACUCCGAGCCGGUCCAGUACCAUUCAUCAGCAGACCUGGGGAACCUGCUGACUGUGGAAGAGGAGAAGAAGAGAAGAAGUGUGGAACUGAUCCCCCUCACUGCACGAAUGGUGAUGGCCCACCUGGUGAACCACCUAGGCCACUACCCACUGAGUGGGGGCCCUGCCGUGCUGCACAGCCUGGUCAGUGAGAACCAUGACAACGCCCACGUGGAAGGUGCUGAGCUGUCCUCGGAGGUGUUCAGGAGCCCAAACCUGCAGCUCUUCGUAUUUAACGAUAGCACCCUCAUCUCCUACCUGCAGACACCUGCAGAAGGACCAGAUGGAGGGACUUCAGGGGCUUCCCUCUCAGAUGUGAGAGUCAUUGUGAGGGAUAUCUCAGGGAAGUACUCUUGGGAUGGCAAGGUUUUAUAUGGACCUCUGGAAGGCCACUUGGCACCCAGUGGAAAGAAUCCCUCAUUUCAGAUUUCUGGCUGGCAUCAACACACAUGCGGACCUCAGAAAGAUUUGUCUCACAGUGAGGAAGGAGAUGAUGCACUUGACAAACUACUUGAAAACAUUGGCCAUUCAAGCCCCGAAUGCCUUUUACCAUCACAACUAAAUCUAAAUGAGCCUUCCCCACCCCCAUGUGGUAUGAACUGUGACCAAGAGAAGGAAAUUAUUGAGGUCAUCCUGCGCCAGAACAUACAGGAAGAUGAGUAUCUUCAGAGGUGUAACUCUAAUUCUGCAGUGAAGGUCACCAGCCAAGGGCAGCCCUCAUCAGUGGAGCCCCGAGGACCCUUUUAUUUCUGCAGGUUGUUGCUUGAUGACCUGGGAAUGAAUUCCUGGGACAGAAGGAAGAAUUUUCAUUUGUUGAAGAAAAAUUCAAAAUUAUUGAGAGAGCUAAAGAAUCUGGACUCACGGCAAUGCCGUGAGACACACAAGAUAGCAGUGUUUUACAUUGCUGAAGGGCAAGAAGAUAAGUGUUCCAUCUUAGCCAAUGAAAGAGGAAGCCAAGCAUAUGAAGACUUCGUUGCUGGUCUUGGAUGGGAGGUGGAUCUCUCAACCCACUGUGGGUUCAUGGGUGGUCUUCAGCGCAAUGGCAGCACAGGACAGACGGCCCCUUACUAUGCUACCUCGACUGUGGAAGUCAUUUUCCACGUUUCCACUCGGAUGCCAUCGGAUUCAGAUGAUUCACUCACCAAAAAGCUCCGUCACCUGGGGAAUGAUGAAGUCCACAUCGUCUGGUCUGAACACUCCAGGGACUACCGCAGGGGUAUUAUCCCAACAGCCUUUGGAGACGUUUCGAUCAUUAUUUACCCAAUGAAGAAUCAUAUGUUCUUUAUCACGAUAACAAAGAAGCCUGAGGUUCCGUUCUUUGGGCCUCUGUUCGAUGGAGCCAUCGUGAGUAGGAAGCUGCUGCCAAGCCUUAUCUGUGCCACGUGCAUCAAUGCCAGCAGAGCGGUGAAGUGCCUCAUCCCACUCUAUCAGAGCUUCUACGAAGAGCGAGCUCUGUAUCUGGAAGCAAUAAUUCAGAACCACCGGGAAGUCAUGACAUUUGAGGAUUUCGCAGCUCAAGUCUUUUCUCCCUCUCCCAGCUACUCUCUCAGUGGAACGGAUUAAAGUACAUAACGGUCUCAUUAUGACACUUGAGCAAGGCAGGGGUCUUGACCUCCAGCCUGAGUAUGGAUCCCAAGAAAAUCCUCCAUGUGGAAGAGACAGGCAAGACUCUCCUGCUUUCCCCAGAACCCUCAAAUCCAGACUCCAGGAAACUGCCACUGUGCCAGCAAGCCUUCCCAUUGCUUGGCCCCCAAGGUCGGAAGUGAUCUAGUUUGUGUGGAACUUUCAAACAAGACUGUGUUCCUCUUGUCCUGGAAUUUCAUAAACCUUGGGCUUCAGAAGAAGAAAAGAAGUUGCUAUCAACCAGGAACAAGUCUACGACCAUGUGGGCAAUGGAGUCGUCUGGAGCCUCAAGGAAGAACACAGUAGCAAAAGGUUGGGGGCCCACAGGGAAGGGGCAGAGGGCACUUGUCUGGAUCCCCGAGUUGUUUUCUUGUCAUUAUAUACCCAAGCUUGAUUCCCAACAGGGCUGACAAAACAAUUGUGUAAUUGGUGGAAGAAUUUCCGCCAUAAUGAUUUUGCUAAUCUUUUUUGUUAGGGUUUACAGUUUAAUUCAAACUUUUCAUCAUCAACAUUUCAUCAUCAUGGAAACUGGCUGUCCCCAGGGUCUUUUCCCACAGGAAGUUUCACCUCCAUCAUCAAGCCUUUCUCCACCUGGUACCUGAGGGCCACUGACUAAGAUUCUCCUGACAACACAGUUCUGCCAGGUCUUGACAGUGAUGUUUCACGUAGAGUGAUCAGAAAUGUCUAGAUACAGGCCUGUCCACAGGAGAUCAGUAAGCAGAUGACUAGCAACCCUAUCCAGGCCAACUUAGCCCAGCCCAGCCCAGUUUAGCACUGCCCAGCCCAUCCCAGCCCUGCCCAGCCCAGCUCAGAUCAGCCCUGCCCAGAUCAACCCUGCUCCAACUCCAGGGCUGACCAACACCCGCAUCCUGUCCAGUGCCCUCAAAAGUUCACCUGUGGUCUUCUUCCUACCUGUUGCUCAGAGACCAAGACAGGCCUUGAAAACAGCUCUUGUCACUUAAGUUUUAGGGUAACAGAUUCCAAACAAUAGAUUUGGAUCAAAUAUAUAUAUGUGUGUGUGUGUGUGUGUGUGUGUGUGUGUGUGUAUGAGUUACAUACAUAUGUAUAUGUAUGAGUUAUAUACAUAUAUAUACAUACAUUCAUGAGUUAUGUGUGUGUGUGUGUGUGUGUGUAUGAGUGUGUGUGUGUGUGUAUGAGUUAUAUACAUAUAUAUACAUCCAUUCAUGAGUUGUGUGUGUGUGUGUGUGUGUGUGUGUGUGUGUGUGUGUGUGUGUGUGUAUAAAUUAACCUAUCUGGCUCCAAGGAGGGUGUGUUGUGCCUAUUAGGGAUAGGAGGGAGGGAAGGAAUUAAAUGUGUCCCUUUCUGGACAUCUUGGACCUUAGAACCCAGCAACUACGAGUCUGUUCACCGGGGAGACCUCUGUCCCUGCUCCCCACCCUCUGCCCUGGCACUGUCUCAGAGCUCCAGUGUUGCUUCGUUCCCUGCUCUGCCUCAAAGCGAAACACAGAAAUUGCAGUAGAGGCCAUCCCUUGCUGCAUGGUCCUGCUACAUGAGGCCAUUUCCCAGUGCACGUGUCUAGGUGACCCCAUCGCCCAGAGCAGGAAAGCAGCUAUAGAAUGUAGCCUCUAGGGGCGCUCAGGCAUGAGAAGGGAAGCCCUGGAUGUGGUCACCUCCCUGCCUUCCUCUGCCCUUUCUUCUCACACAUUACUCCUAGCCUGCUUGGUCAUUCCUCUGAGCCUGCUUCUCUACCUCCUCAGUGGCCAUUCUCCCCGAGAAGCCAGCUUUCUCCGUCUACUGCAGAGCCAAUUUGGCCGCUGUUGACUUUGGUAGAGAAAGAGGCAGAGCCAGAAGCCAGACUCAGCCUUGAAGUGAGUGGGAAUUCUGAGAGCGACACUCUAGGAGUACCUUCCAGCUGCUGGGAGAAUCCACCCAACUGCUUUGAAGGGAACUGUGCAGCCUCCAUCCCAGGUCCACAGACAGAAGCACCUGCAGAGCUGCCUGCAGAUCAUGAACAGAAUAGGACUUUGCAAAGCACAAGGAAACCCCCGAUCCCUGUGUGCUGUUUUCUAGGGGCCCAGCACACUCAUUGGGAGCUUAAUGAUGAUGGACGGGAAAUGAGAUGCCACGAUAUUUCCCAUUGUGGCAGUGAUACCUUGACUCUUAUCCCACCCACCAUGUGUGCGUGUGUGCGCGUGUGCAUAUGUGCAUGCACAUGUGUGUGUGAAAGAGACAGAGAAAGACAGAGAGAUUUGAGCUUUCUGGUCUGGUUGCCCAGUAUUGUUCAGACUUCUAUUAUUGAUUCUCUGUUUCACUGUUUACAAAGUUCCCAGUCCUGACUCCUGUUAAAAACACACCCCAUCCCUUCUGCAAGAGCGCUUAAGGCUCCAUAAACCCUUUUUGUGGAAUUCUUGUCAUUUUGGAAGUCUUCUAUUUUUGUUUUCCAGUGGUAGCAGAACCCAGGGCCACAACCCAGGCCCCAGAGGUCCUUUUUAACUCCCCCAGCCUUCUGAUCAUUUGUUUCCACAAGCCAACACUUCCAGACUUGGAGUGAGAAAUUCAAUUGGAGGUACCAAGUCACUUGACCUUGUUGUAACCUAAUGAUUUUACCAGCCCCAUGCCCUGGGUGACAGCAGCAGUUUGUGUCUGUUUAUGUUUUACUUUUUCAGCCCAUGGGCCUUAGGUUGUAACAGCUCUGUUAGAGACUUAGACUUGGGGAGUGGGGACUCUGACAACCAUGUUUGGUUGGACCUAGCACUUCUUGUUAUUUGGGGUGGAAAAUUGAAAUGAUCAAGUUUGCCAUUUCUUUUCUUCAGUUGGAAAAGCAAAUAUUGUGUUUUCAUAAUAAACAUCUUUUAGCAAAAUUGCUAAGGGUCACUCAUCCGGUAGAGACCCUCCAGAGAGCCACUCAUCACAUUAGUAUUAGUAGAUCAGUCAUCUGUAAUAAAAGUGGCCCUAAUUACCCCGAAGUGUGAUAAGACUCUCUGGACUCCUGCAGGGCCUGGCCAGUGCCCUUCUUGGCAUGCUGAUUUCCGGAUUUCCAUACAGAGGGAAACUGAUAUUUAUAGUCUUGUUGAUUAGACUUUUAUGCUUUAAAAAAUAGUAAUCCUACAAAAUUAUGACUUUUAAAAAAAAUCUUCAGAAGAUAGGAGAAAAGAAAUUUAGCCUGGUGAGUGACUUUACAAGUUUGCAACUCUUGAGAGCCCCAGGGAUCGACUGGGAUUCUGUGAUGUUGCUGAUUAGUAAGUAGGACCUUUAGCCUUAUACAGGAGGUCAUACAGCUCCAGUGAGCCAUGCAAAUCCUGUCUUCCUGACUGUCCUCAGGUGUCACUUCCUUAUUGCCACUAACUGUGGUGGAGGUUUGAUGGACCCUCUAAACCUUUUAGUGUGUCUUAUGUGUAGCUGUGUUACUCCAUACCUACUGAAGGCAGGGGUCACAUCUAAGGGAAACUUGUCCUUUAUUUGCACCCAAUUUCUAUGUAUAGGACUUACACAGUAAGCAAACAUUUUCUUAGUUUCAGGUCUACAAUGUGUAGUAUGUGUAAAUAGGGGGAAAAUUGAUAGAGAUGAUAAAUUAAGUUAUAGCAUGUCAUUUGAUUGUUUUGAGGUCUCUUGUUAUUUACUUUUCAAUGCUGCACAUUUAGGUUGUUCGGAGGUGGGGGAGACCUCCAAGUCUGCCCCAUCUUGGCAGGAGUGUACGUGUGCACUAGGACACACUCCACAAAGGCGGCCAUGCUGGGAAAACACUUCGCUCCUUAAUGGUGUCACUCAAUCCAGUUCGCUCUUCUUCGUUCUCAUUUCCUGGGAUGAUUUGAUGAGUUAGAAGCACAGCAUCUAGGUGCUGCAUGUUUCUGACAUUCUUAUAGUGUGUAGGAAAAUAAAAGUUUAUCCCAACAUCUAAUAAGAAGUUGAUUUGCAUUUUUUUAUUGAACAAAGUUAUUCAAAAGCAUUUUGUAAGCCAAAGGCAACAGGUGUUCAACACCAUAGCUAGUACCACUCAGAAAGCUUACACAUACUCAGGUAAAAAUCAACCUCAUGGUUCAUAGUAUGGAAUGCUAAUAUUUAGCCACCAGGGAACCUGCAGCCUAAGGGUAAACUUCUGCAUAUGUGAUUCCUCAAGACUCUGGUCUCCAGCUGGGAGCAUCAUCCAUGUCCUCCAUCCAUCGUCUCACCUAAUUAAAACCACCCCUGUCUGUUUUUACAGCAGGUAUUGAGCCUCAUAGUAACCUUUGCCCCUGCUUUGUCAUUCCUAGGCAGCCCCCUGUUCUAAGCUAGAGUCCCUGCCCCUAAGGAGCAAGGUAUAUUUGAGAACUUUGUUAUUAGGUGACAGACAACAUGUAAUUCAGCCUCUUUCUAGUGUGGCUAAAGCCAGGUACUGAUAUUUCCUGCCUCAGGACUCCAGUAAUCACAUUACAACCUAGCCUGUGGUCUCUGAGAACAUAGUGGGCCACUCCGUGUUCCAGACAACAGUGAAUUCUCAGGAUGCUGAACAACCGAGUUUGUAAAAGUCAUUCACUUGUUCCUUUAGCAAAUGCUUGCUGAGUACCCAGUACUUGCAGAACAUGUUGAUGUCCUGAGAAAGGGUCUAGGGAGUCAAGUGCAAAGAGGAGCCUGAAUUGACCUGGCUUCGUCUUAGCUAUGAACUGAUAAUCAAGAGCUUAUAUAUGUAGUUCCUUCUAGAAACAACUCUAGUGCUGUGAGCCAGAAGCAGUAAUUCACAACCUUCUGCUUCAUUUGGGCAUUUCUAAGGAGGAUUCAAAAUCCUGCCUCAUUCCCUCCCAGUGUCAAACUAAAGCAUCUGCCUCCCUUGUAGCUACCCAGAAGGUGAUGGAUGCCCAGAAAUCGAUUGGGGAGCUAGAGGAGCUCUGCUGAUGGUAUUCUAGACAGCCUCAUGUGUCUGUGGCGCUGGGUGGCCCACUGCUCUACAGCUGCUCCUUGGAGCUGAGUCCCUCCCCCUUGCUAACCGUUCAGCUCAGCAGAUGGCCUUCCAGGAUCCACAGGGAGCUUUCCUCUGGGGUCAUAUUGGGAUACUUUGCAGAUAUGGAAAUGAGCACUUGAAACUCAAAGGCUGUUGUCACUGUUGUCUCAUAAAGAAGGUUACUUUCAUAUUUAUAGCAAAAAGAUGGGGAGGGGUUGAUUCUAGGCACCAUGUUCCCUGUGAGAGAUUGGGUCAUCUUCAGAAAUUCUCAUCAAUACCCUCAGACCAUAUCAUAAAGAAUCCAGCUUCCAAUGAAAAGGAUCACUAAGAAGAAUGCAAUUGUAGGGGGUUGGUUUGGGGAUUUUUGUUUGUUUGUUUGUUUGUUUGUUUGUUUAGUAUUCCAGGGGAAAUGCCUGUUUCCUCCAAUGGAGUAUCUUCUAAUGAGAAGAUACUGCAUUUACAGUGUUCACUUCUGUACACACAUCUCUGGUGUAGCUUGUGUGUGUCAUCUAAGCCAAGGCCACUUGACGGAAAUGUUUGUAUCAAAGAUUGCUCUUCUAUGAAUGGAUGUGGCUUUAACUGCAUUUCAUUUUCAAAAAAAAACCAACAAAAAACAAAAAACAAUGGAGGUUGUGGGAAAAGAUCAUAAAGUAAACUUCUCUACAUAUGUGUUUCCUUAACACCCUGGUUUGCAGCUGGGAACACCAACCCUAUCCUCCAUCUACUUCUGCUAUGACAGCUGAGGCCUGAAGGUGUUACCUUCCUGGCUCUCACGCAACUAUACUGGGGAUUCAGCCAGGAGCUGAGUCCCCAGGUUUCCGUGUGUAGUGACACCAACAACUGUUCUUAACCAGUACGUGGACUGUUGUUGAACAAUGUAGUUGUCAUGUGCCCAUUGUACUUCAGCUGCUCUGAGGAUGCUUCGGAGUCCACAUCCAAGGCCACCUUGAGUCUGUUGUCAUAGGAGCCAGACUGAGCACAGCAAGGUUUUGGCACUGUUGAGGAUCUGGUUUGCCAGAAAUCUGACCUCUCCUUAUCGUCCACAAAAAGAGCACUUGGAACCAACCCCUCCUGGGAAUUCAAAAACCACCAGAUAACAGAUUCCUGGAAAGGCAGAUUGCACAGGUCUUAACUGAAAAAAAAAAAAAAAUAGACUUUGAAAAGAAAGAUCUGCUACCAAGGCAGGCUUGGUGCAAUACCCAGGCAGGUUGGCCACACCCUGGAAGUUCAUUCCCACCUUCUGGAGUCAAAGAGCCAUGUGGUGUUUAGCACUCGCUACCAUUUGAUCAGAGUUGUGAUCACCUCCUAAGAGCAUUUACAGGUAAGGAUUCCAGGAAAAGAUGGUAAACACACCAAGUCCCUUGAACACCACAGGGACCGCCAGCAAAAGGCUUGCUUCCAAAGCCAAGGGUCGGGUUUCCCACAUGCUGUCUGCCGUAGCAUCUCUCCAGCAUAGCUCAUGGCCCAGCCAGGGAAGGCAAGGACAUCUCUAUGGCAUGCUCGCCUGCCAAAAGGGACUUUCACAUGUGCCCAAAGUAGGUGACCAGCAGCACCACAGCAGGGGACCCUGGGAAAUGACAUCCCUGCUAACGGGUCACUGAAAAGAACUUGCUGACAUUGCAUUGUACUUUUUUGGUUGUUAGGAUUUUACAAGAAAAAUAUUUUUUAAUACCUAAGUCCCUACUAGCCUAAAUUAAGUUGGAUAAUAUGAAAGAGGGUACGGAUUUAAGCUGCUGUGUUAUAUGUGUCAAGCAAACACUUGUCAAGCAUGCACGAGGUUCUGGGUUUGAUCCCUAGCACUAGAGAAAGAAAAGGUGUGUGUGUGUGUGUGUGUGUGUGUGUGUGUGUGAGAGAGAGAGAGAGAGAGAGAGAGAGAGAGAGAGAGAGAGAGAGAGUAAGUAGGUAGGUAGGUAGGUAGGUAAGUUUAAAAAUAAUGUGGAAGAUUCUGUUCAUUUCAAAACCAAAGUCAGAGAAACCAGGAAGUCCUUGUCGCCGUCUUCCAUACCAUACCAUCUUCCAGACAUGAAAAACAGGCUUAAUAUUACACUGAUAUGCUGCCUUCCAUAUCAGACUGCAUUAUAUAUGUGAUUUAAAAUUCCAUUUAAGACAUUGAAGAAAGGAAGAACAGAUGCAUUAAUGAUCUCGGGAAUAAGGGUGCCUUUUCCUGUGUGUCCAGGUGGAAUUUUUAAUCUAACAUUUAUGUAUCCCUCCCUCUCCCUCUGGCAAAAUGCUCAUUGAGUUUGACAGACUAUUUUACAUGAAUAGGUCCUGCUCGUCAGCCUCCUCCUUGGCGUGGGGUCCUAGGGUCUGAAAAUUGGAGUGUGCUUUUCACUGAGGGUGUGAAGUGUGGAGGGACGGCUAUUACAGAUCCUGAAAGGAUCUUUUUGACUUCAGAAAAUAGCCUGGCCAAGAAAAGCUUUUUUCCAUGAAUACUCACAGACUGCAUUAUGCUCCUCGGAUGAUAGAGGUGAGCACUUUUGAUCAAUAUUCCCCAAGAAACGCUGCCAGGCUAAGUGGGACCUGAGGGCCUCUGGGAGACACCCCCUCCCUUGGAGCUGCUACACCUCUGCAGCACAUUUCUUACCAAUGCUUUGAGAUGCAGCAUCAGCUCCCCUCCUAAAUACUGACAGCCUAUUCUGUCCUCUGUGUACCUCACCAGAAAUGGCUCUCCCCAGCUUUCCUUUGGGAGCAUUUUGUCACCUCCAUUUCAGGAAAGCCAAAGGUAGAGGAAAGACUUGGACAGGAGGAAGACUUGAGCAGGAGCUUCUGAAUCAAGGAAGGUUUGUUUGUUCAUUUAGCAUUGCUGAGAUUGCAAUGACCUGACAGUGUGGAUAUAUGGAUAUGUAUACAUUUUCUCUCCCAUUUUCCCCCUUCCCAACUCUCCUCUCCAUGAAAAUGGUAAGCAGGUUAUUAAAAAACAAAUUCUCUCUCAAAGCCUUCUCUCCAGAUCCAUGCAAACACACACACACACACAAACAAAGAUGUCGGCUUUUAUUUUGUACAGACAUAGCAUUAUAUAUUAUCUGUUACUCUGAUGUUCUUUUAAGAUUUACUAUGUCUUAGGUGCACAUGGCUCUAAUUCAUCAUGCUUAGUGGUUGCAUAUUAUUCCUCAAAAUGAAAUUUAAUUUCCUUGGCCUGUGGGUAAGCAUUAAGGUGGUCUCCAGUGUUCCUUAUAACAAUAGUCCUGUAAUAAACACCAUCACACUUCUACCCUGA